GGCAAUACCAGCAAGUAAAUGUUCCUGAAGACCAAGCAGACAAGUUGCUCCUUGCAAGCUGGGGUCUUCCCAAAGCAGUUCUGGAGAAAUACCACAGUCUGGGAGUAGUACAGAUGUUUGACUGGCAAGCAGAAUGCCUAAUGCUCGGACAAGUUCUGGAAGGGAAGAACUUAGUUUACUCAGCUCCUACCAGUGCUGGAAAGACUCUUGUUGCAGAAUUGCUUAUUUUGAAGCGAGUCCUGGAGACUCGUAAGAAAGCUCUUCUCAUCCUUCCCUUUGUCUCUGUGGUCAAGGAGAAAAAAUGUUAUCUGCAGACCCUGUUCCAGGAGGUGGAUGUGAGAGUUGAAGGCUACAUGGGAAGCAUAUCUCCUGCUGGACGUUUCUCUGCCCUGGAUGUUGCUGUCUGCACCAUUGAGAAAGCCAACGGUCUAAUCAAUAGACUAAUAGAAGAAAACAAAAUGGACUCACUGGGAGUGGUAGUUGUGGAUGAGUUGCACAUGCUGGGAGACACUCAUCGAGGAUAUCUGCUGGAACUCCUUCUGACCAAAGUUAGAUAUGUUACAGAGAAGGUUGCAAAACGACAGGCGAAGAUGACCAGUCCUGGUUUUGGUGGGAUACAGAUUGUAGGCAUGAGUGCUACUCUCCCUAACUUGGGACUCCUAGCCUCAUGGUUAGAUGCAGAGCUAUACUGUACGGAUUUUCGUCCUGUGCCCCUCAAGGAGUGGGUGAAAAUUGGCAGCAACAUUUAUGACUCCUCCAUGAAUUUAGUGCAAGAAUUCCAGCCCAAGCUUCAACUGAAGGGAGAUGAAGACCAUGUUGUGAGCCUGUGUUAUGAGACUGUUUGUGAUGGCCAUUCAGUCCUGCUUUUCUGUCCAUCCAAGAACUGGUGUGAGAAGCUGGCAGACAUCAUUGCCAGGGAAUUCUACAGUUUGCAACAGGCUGAGAGUUCUGCAAAAAACUCAGGCCUUGUGCCAGUUGUUGUGGACAGAGAAGGGAUCGAUGAGGUUCUGGAUCAGCUAAAGCGUUCUAUCUCAGGCCUGGACUCUGUGCUCCAACGUACUUUGCCAUGGGGAGUGGCAUUUCAUCAUGCAGGUCUUACUUUUGAUGAACGGGACAUCAUUGAAGGAGCCUUUCGCCAGGGUUUGGUCAGAGUCUUAGCAGCAACCUCCACGCUCUCAUCUGGAGUGAAUUUGCCUGCACGCCGAGUAAUUAUACGAACUCCCAUGUUUGGUGGCAAACUGCUGGACAUUCUCACUUACAAGCAGAUGGCUGGAAGGGCUGGCAGGAAAGGAGUAGACACAGAGGGUGAGAGCAUUUUAGUUUGCAAGCCCUCAGAAAGAUCAAAAGGAACUGCUCUGCUUCAGGGAUCUCUCAAGCCUGUUUGCAGUUGUUUGUUUAGAAGAGAAGGGGAAGGUGUUUCUUCUAGCAUGAAAAGAGCAAUACUUGAGAUCAUAGUGGGGGGAGUGGCCAACACUCCAGAUGAUGUGCAGACCUACGCUUCUUGCACUCUUUUUGCAUCCAGUUUGAAAGAAAGCAAGUGGGGAAAUGAGAAGGCACAAGACAAAGCACAGAUAGGACCUAUCGAGGCUUGUGUGGCGUGGUUGCUGGAAAAUGAAUUCAUUCAGGUUCUAGACGCCGGCAGUGAUGUGAAAGGUAACAUGGCAAAGGUUUAUCAUCCAACACAUCUUGGCUCAGCUACUCUUUCCUCUUCUCUAUCACCUACUGAAGCCAUGGAAAUCUUUGCUGACCUGCAGCGAGCUAUGAAAAGCUUUGUUCUGGAGAAUGAUCUGCAUAUUGUCUAUUUGGCAGAUGCUGCAUGUCCAUCUAAGCCUGUUGUUUUUACUCCUGACUAUGAAAGGUUUCAGAACUUU